CCUCCCAGCCCAAGCAGGCAGCCAAGGCAAGGCAAAGGCAGGCAAAGGAGGCAGAAGAACUGGGGCUUUCCUGGGGGCGCCAUGGCCGGGGGGCGCCCGGGGGUCCAUGCCCUCCAGCUGGAGCCUCUGCGGGUCCACGAGACCCUCCUCAAGGGGAGCAAGUUCAUGAAGUGGGACGAGGAACCCACAAGCCGGGCUUUGGUGACCCUCCGAGUUGACCCUCAGGGCUUUUUCCUUUACUGGACCGGUCCCAAUAUGGAAGUGGACAUUCUGGAUAUCAGCUCUAUUCGGGACACUCGGACCGGACGAUAUGCCAAGCUGCCCAAGGAUCUCAAGAUCCGGGAGAUCCUUGGCUUUGGGGGCCCGGAACAACGACCUGAGGAGAAGCUCUUGACCGUCAUUCAUGGCCCUGACAUGGUCAAUGUGAGCUUCCUUAACUUCAUGGCGGUUGUCCAGGAUGAUACAGCCAAGUUGUGGACCGAGGAGUUGUUCAAGUUGGCCACAAACAUCUUGGCGCAGAACGCUUCGCGGAACACCUUCCUGCAAAAAGCCUACACCCGGCUCAAAAUCCAGGUCAAUCAGGAUGGCAGGAUCCCUGUCAAGAACAUCCUCAAAAUGUUCUCGGCCGACAAAAAGAGGGUGGAGACAGCCCUGGAAUCCUGUGGUCUGAAUUUUAAUAGGAGUGAGUCCAUCAAACCAGAUGAGUUCACCCUGGAGAUCUUUGAACGCUUCCUGAACAAGCUCUGCCUUCGCCCGGACAUAGAUAAGAUUUUGCUAGAGAUUGGAGCUAAGGGGAAGCCGUAUCUCAGUCUGGACCAGCUGAUGGACUUCAUCAACCAAAAGCAAAGGGACCCCCGUCUCAAUGAGGUCCUGUAUCCUCCGCUAACCCAGGCCCAGGUCCGCCAGCUCAUCGACAAGUAUGAGCCCAAUCAACAGUUCCAGCAGCGAGACCAGAUGUCUAUGGAAGGGUUUGGGCGCUACUUGGGCGGAGAAGAAAAUGCCAUUGUUCCCCCAGAAAAGCUGGAUUUAAGUGACGAUAUGACUCAGCCCUUAAGCGGCUACUUCAUUAAUUCUUCACAUAAUACCUACCUCACAGCUGGGCAACUGACCGGCAAUUCCUCGGUGGAGAUGUAUCGCCAGGUCCUUCUGAGCGGCUGCCGCUGCAUUGAACUUGACUGCUGGAAGGGCCGUCCUCAGGAUGAGGAGCCCUUCAUCACCCACGGAUUCACAAUGACCACGGAAAUCCCCUUCAAGGAAGUCAUCGAAGCGAUUGCCGAAAGCGCCUUCAAGGCUUCGCCCUUCCCAGUUAUUCUUUCAUUUGAGAACCAUGUCGACUCGGCCAAGCAACAAGCCAAGAUGGCAGAGUAUUGCCGGAACAUUUUUGGAGACGCUCUGCUCAUCGAUCCCUUUGAAAAAUAUCCGCUCCAGCCUGGCGUUCCCUUGCCGAACCCUCAAGAGCUGCUGGGUCGUAUUCUGGUGAAAAACAAGAAGCGUCGCACACAUAGCAAGGCCUCGGAGGGCAGUGUCCGCAAGCGAGUCCUGGAGCAGAUGCCCAGCACCUAUAGCGAUUCCUCGGGGGUUGGCGAACCAGGCUCCCCCGCACUAGGUUCUCCUUUUGCAGACGCUUCUGAGGUCCUUUCGCCCGUCAUGACCAACGGGGAGGAGAAGUCCUCCGACCGGGUGACAAAGCUGGGCGAACCUCGCAAAUCUAUUGACCGAGAAGCUGAGAGCGAGGAGGAGGAGGAGCAGCAAGACCCCAAAAAACCCACAACCGAUGAGGGCACCGCAAGCAGCGAGGUCAAUGCCACGGAAGAGAUGUCCACGUUGGUGAACUACAUUGAGCCUGUCAAGUUCAAAUCCUUUGAGGUGGCCAGCAAACGCAACAAAUCCUACGAGAUGUCUUCGUUUGUGGAGACCAAAGGUCUGGAGCAGCUCACUAAUAGCCCCAUGGAGUUUGUGGAAUACAACAAGAAGCAACUGAGCCGGAUCUACCCCAAAGGCACCCGGGUGGAUUCCUCCAACUAUAUGCCUCAGGUCUUCUGGAACGCUGGCUGCCAGAUGGUGGCCCUGAAUUUCCAAUCACUUGACUUACCAAUGCAGCUGAACCUGGGCAUCUUUGAAUACAACCGCCGGAGCGGAUACCUGCUCAAGCCGGAGUUUAUGCGGCGCCAGGAUAAGCUGUUUGACCCUUUCACGGAAGAUAUUAUCGAUGGCAUUGUGGCCAACACUGUCAAAGUGAAGAUAAUCUCGGGACAAUUCCUGUCGGACAAACGGGUGGGCAUCUACGUGGAGGUGGACAUGUUUGGUCUGCCGGUAGACACCAAGCGCAAGUUUCGGACCCGGACGUCGCAGGGCAAUUCUUUCAACCCUGUCUGGGAUGAAGAGCCUUUUGUGUUCCACAAGGUGGUGCUUCCUACGCUCGCCUCACUGCGUAUUGCCGUCUUUGAAGAGGGAGGCAAAUUUGUGGGGCACCGGAUACUGCCCGUUUCUGCCAUCCGUUCAGGUUACCACUACAUUUGCCUGCGCAGCGAGAGCAACCAGCCACUUUGUCUCCCAGCUUUGCUGGUCUAUACAGAAGCCUAUGAUUACAUCCCAGACGACCAUCAAAAUUACGCGGAGGCAUUGAUUAACCCCAUUAGACACGUCAACCUAAUGGACCAGCGGGCCAAACAGCUUGCAGCUCUGAUAGGCGAGAGCGAGCAGGAGAAUGCAGAGAGGCCCCGGGAUUCGCUCUCGAGAAGCUCCUCCAGCGCAACCCCUGGCCCCACCGAAGAGGCCCAUAAACCGCCACCGGUCCUGCUCUCCCCGACACGGAGCCCCAGCGUGGUCCCCAGUCAAGUGCAGAGGGACGAUCUCAUUGCUAGCAUCCUGGCAGAGAUUUCUCCUCAGUCUAUAGAAGAGCUGCGGCAGCAAAAGGCUUUUGUGAAACUGCUGAAGAAGCAGUACCGCGAACUGAAGGAGCUCCGAAGGAAGCACAUGAAGAAGAUCUGCAGCCUCAACAAGAAGCAGAAUUCUAACUUCACCCUGGCAGAGAGGAGCCGGAUCCUCCGGAGCAGGGAGGGGUCUCAGAGUUCGGUAGAAGCUGUGCGACAAGGACAGGAGCAGGACGGGACGCGCCGGAAGCUGGACCUGCAAGAGUGGCAAAUGCAGGGGCUGCUGCAGCUGCGGGAAUCCCAGCACCAACUGGAGAGGGACUGCAAGCGAGAACAUCUGCACCAGGCCCAGCAACGCUUGAGAGACAUUGCCCGCGAGUGCCAGGCAGCCCAACUCAAGAAGCUGAAGGAGACAAACGAGAAAGAGAAGAAAGAACUCCAGAAAAUCCUGGAUCGGAAGCGGCACAACAGCAUCACCGAAGCCAAGUCCCGGGAGAGGAACAAAAAGGAUGUGGAGCUGACCGAAAUAAACAGGAGGCACAUCACUGAAUCCGUUAACUCCAUCCGGAGGCUUGAGGAGGCUCAGAAACGGCGUCAGGAGAAGCUGCUGGGAGGUCACCAGGGGAUCCUGCAGCUGAUUGACGAGGAAGAGCCACGGUUGUUGGCCCAGCUAGAAGGAGAGUGUGACCUGGAGGCGCUUGCCCUGCGCCAGGAAAUCGGCCGCUACCUACAGGAAGAGCUUGAUGGCGGGGUCAGCAACGGUCACCCACCGCCCGGCUCCGGCGCCAGCCCUGCGCCCACCGAAGAGGAAGAGUUCACGGUCCUUUGAAACGUGGUCACAGAGCAGGUUGUGGAGUCUUGAAUAUCUUCUUCCAUGCAUCUCCUUCAGUGGGAGCGGGGGGGAAAAACCACACUAAAAGCACUUGGCUUUUGUUUUGCUUUCUUUUAAAAAAAGAACAAAUGUUUUAUUUUUUUAAAACUAAUUUUUUUAAUUAACUAACUGUAAUUAUUGUCUUUUUAUGACUUCUCGAGGCUAGGAAAAGAUUGGCCAUGUGUACAAACGCAUACGCCGUGCUCACCUGUGUUCUGGGGUACUGAAAAGGGAGUUGUAUUUCGUAGGGAGAGCCUUUUAAUGCACUGUUGCCAACAGACACUUUCUCCCCAAUUCUUCUCCCAUGCCGAGAGGGCGAGGGAACCAAAAGCGUUAUGUUGACUAUAGUUAACCACUCCCUGGUUGGAAUGUAAUGAACAGAAACGGAGCCUAUGUAGAAUUGCUUUAGUCCAUCUCUCUCUCGCUACGCAUAGGAUCGCCCUGCGGAGAGCUGCAUGCGCCGGAGGGCAAUCUGUGGGGAAGGAAGUGCUCAAAAUCAUGCUUUUGGGGACGGAGGGACAGCCAUUGGUCUCCCAUUGUGGCAUUAUGGCCAAGUGACAAUCUGGUCUCUCUUUUGCUCUGGAUGUAAUUUUUCCCCCUUUUUAUUUUCUUUUUUUUAAAAAUAAUAAACUCAUAAUACAGUUA